UCAGUGACAUCACUUCCGCUUCCUGCCGCCCGCGCGGCCAUUUCCCCUACUUCCGUGGGGCUUUGCGGCGGAGCGGAGCGCCCCGUCUCUGACGCACGUCGACUGCGCGUCUUAGGAAGAGGGGAGCGCGGGCCCGCAGCCAUGACCGAGGCUGAUGUAAAUCCGAAGGCCUACCCUCUCGCCGAUGCCCACCUCACCAAAAAGCUAUUGGACCUCGUCCAGCAGUCCUGUAACUACAAGCAGCUUCGGAAAGGAGCCAAUGAGGCCACCAAAACCCUGAACAGAGGCAUCUCGGAGUUCAUUGUGAUGGCGGCGGACGCAGAGCCCCUGGAGAUCAUCCUGCACCUUCCGCUGCUGUGCGAGGACAAGAACGUGCCCUACGUGUUUGUGCGCUCCAAGCAGGCUCUGGGCCGGGCCUGCGGGGUCUCCAGGCCUGUCAUCGCCUGCUCCGUCACCAUCAAAGAGGGCUCCCAGCUGAAGCAGCAGAUCCAGUCCAUUCAGCAGUCCAUUGAAAGGCUCCUCGUCUAACCCACGGCCUCUGCCACCCUCUCUUGCUCCUCCCCUCGGGUUGUGUGUCCUAUUGUCUGUGUGCCAUGUAGGAUUCCAGCUACCUUCUAUUGUUUAAAAUAUUAUUGUAGUAAAUCUUUUUAUAUUUUUGGAUUAUUUUUGUUUUGUCUUAUAGAUUAUCAUCCCCAUACCCACCCACCCCUGCCCUAAACCUCCACUUCUACUUUUCCUUCCCCAUCUUUCCUCCCUUUUGAAAAUUGAACUAAGCCCAGAACAGGUGGAAGCAGAGUGGUGCCACCAUUCAAAGGCAGGAAAGAGCCAGGGUAGAGAUCUGGUUCCAGCUUUGAGGCGCUAACUCCCUUUUGUGUACAGGGCAUGGUGAAGUAGACACCACCCACUUGGUCUCCCUGGUGCCUGGCAUACAGAAUCAUUCCAUCAUGAUCUAGGGGCUCCUUUGCUCUGUAAGGGAUUAUGCAUCGUUUGGGGAAGAAGCAUGUAUCUUGUGAGGUUGUUAGUUGUAUGCCCAAGUGUCAUUUGUUAAUGUACCCCUACAGUUUUGCUUUUGGUAAUAUAUGUCCAUUUCCUUCCCCCCAAAAAAACAACCUCCCAAUUGUGCCCCUGAGGGUGGCAGGCCAGCAGCAUACCAAAGAGCUGUGUGCUGCAGGAUUCCAAAACUGGCCUGGGCUAGUGAGACAUGGAGCAGCUGACCUAGAAAGGAGUCUGGAGAGGCAAGACAAAGUAGAGUCAACUGGUGCUGGAAUGGAGGAUUCUGGGCAAGCCGUGGAGACCUGGAAGCCACAACAAGUGAUGGAGUCCAAGGAAACAUCCUUUCUGGUGAAUCGAUCUCUUCAGUGGACACUUGUGUCAGCCUUUACCCAUUUCCUGUCCUGCCACGAUGCGGGUCAAAGUACUGUGUUCCUGACCACAUCCGAAGGACAAUGCUAAUGUCAUUCUUAUGAGAGUCCUAGUAAAGAAAUAUAUUCAUACAACUUAAA